AUGUGCUUGGCCCGGGGAAAGAGAUUUGAGCAGGCAAUGGAGCAAACGCCAGGCAGAUGGGGAAGGGCGCGUGAGGUCAAGGUGGGAAGGGACAUGCGCCUUCUUCCUCUCUAUCCGCCCUUCUCCCUCUCUAUCCGCCCUUCUCCCUCUCUAUCCGCCCUUCUCCCUCUCUAUCCGCCCUUCUCCCUCUCUAUCCGCCCUUCUCCCUCUCUAUCCGCCCUUCUCCCUCUCUAUCCGCCCUUCUCCCUCUCUAUCCGCCCUUCUCCCUCUCUAUCCGCCCUUCUCCCUCUCUAUCCGCCCUUCUUCCUCUCUAUCCGCCCUACUUCCUCUCUAUCCGCCCUACUUCCUCUCUAUCCGCCCUUCUUCCUCUCUAUCCGCUCUUCUUCCUCUCUAUCCCCCUUCUUCCUCUCUAUACGCCCUUCUUCCUCUCUACCCGCCCUUCUUCCUCUCCAUCCGCCCUUCUUCCUCUCUAUCCGCCCUUCUCCCUCUCUAUCCGCCCUUCUCCCUCUCUAUCCGCCCUUCUUCCUCUCUAUCCGCCCUUCUUCCUCUCUAUCCGCCCUUCUUCCUCUCUAUCCGCCCUUCUUCCUCUCUAUCCACCUUUCUUCCUCUCUAUCCGCCCUUCUUCCUCUCUAUCCGCCCUUCUCCCUCUCUAUCCGCCCUUCUCCCUCUCUAUCCGCCCUUCUUCCUCUCUAUCCGCCCCUAAACCCUCUAUCCGCCCUUCCCUCUCUAUCCGCCCUUCUUCCCCUCUAUACUCUCUUCUUCCUCUCUACCCGCCCUUCUUCCUCUCCAUCCGCCCUUCUUCCUCUCUACCCGCCCUUCUCCCUCUCUAUCCGCCCUUCUCCCCCUCUAUCCGCCCUUCUCCCUCUCUAUCCGCCCUUCUCCCUCUCUUUCCGCCCUUCUUCCUCUCUAUCCGCCCUUCUUCCUCUCUAUCCGCCCUUCUUCCUCUCUAUCCGCCCUUCUUCCCCUCUAUCCGCCCUUCUCCAUCUCUAUCCGCCCUUCUUCCCCUCUAUCCGCCCUUCUUCCCCUCUAUCCGCCCUUCUCCCCCUCUAUCCGCCCUUCUUCCCCUCUAUCCGCCCUUCUUCCCCUCUAUCCGCCCUUCUUCCCCUCUAUCCGCCCUUCUUCCCCUCUAUCCGCCCUUCUUGCUAG